GACACUCUUUAAAACACCUUUUCUUAAUAAUACUGUUUCCAUCCUCCAAAAGGCUUACUCGAGAUGGCACGUUGUUGCGUACCUCUUGCUAUUUUCAUAGGCGUUCUUUUGAUGCUCUCGUGGUGUGAAGCUUUGAGUAGCAACGUUGAUGAUGGAUAUGGUCAUGAAGAUGGAAGGUACGAAUCCGAUAGCUUAAUCAAGCUCAACAACGACGACGUUCUUACCUUGAAAAGCUCCGAUAAACCCACUUCCGAAUCAUCAAUUGUUAGUGUAUCAGACUUCGGAGCUAAGGGAGAUGGAAAAACCGAUGAUACUCAGGCCUUCAAGAAAGCAUGGAAGAAGGCAUGUUCAACAAAAGGAGUUACUAGCUUCUUGGUUCCUAAAGGGAAGACUUAUCUCCUUAAGUCUACUCAGUUCAGAGGCCCAUGCAAAUCUUUACGUAGGUUUCAGAUCCUCGGAACUUUAUCAGCAUCUACAAAAAGAUCGGAUUACAACAAAGACAAAAACCAUUGGCUUAUUUUGGAGGACGUUAACAAUCUAUCAGUCGACGGCGGCUCCGAGGGGACUGUUGAUGGAAACGGAAAAAUCUGGUGGCAAAACUCAUGCAAAAUCGACCGAUCUAAGCCAUGCACAAAAGCGCCAACGGCUCUAACUUUCUACAACUUAAAGAACUUGAAUGUGAAGAACCUGAGAGUGAGAAAUGCGCAGCAGAUUCAGAUUUCGGCUGAGAAGUGCAACAAUGUUAAUAUAAAGAAUGUCGAGAUCACUGCUCCUGACGAUAGUCCCAACACGGAUGGUAUUCAUAUCACUAACACCCAAAACAUUCGAGUCUUUAAUUCACACAUUGGAACAGGUGAUGAUUGUAUAUCCAUUGAGGAUGGAUCCCAAAAUGUUCAAAUCAAUGAUUUAACUUGUGGCCCCGGUCACGGGAUCAGCAUUGGGAGCUUGGGGGAUGACAAUUCCAAAGCUUAUGUCUCGGGAGUUAAUGUGGAUGGUGCUAAGCUCGCUGAGACUGACAAUGGAGUAAGAAUCAAGACUUAUCAGGGAGGGUCAGGAACUGCCAGGAACAUAAGGUUUCAAAACAUUCGUAUGGAAAAUGUCAAGAAUCCUAUCAUAAUCGACCAGAACUACUGCGACAAGGACAAAUGCGAACAACAAGACUCUGCGGUGCAAGUGAACAAUGUGGUGUACCGGAACAUAAGCGGUACGAGUGCAACCGAUGUGGCAAUAACGUUUGAUUGCAGUGAGAAAUAUCCAUGCAAAGGUAUUGUGCUUGACAAUGUGAACAUCAAAGGAGGAACAGCAUCUUGCAAGAAUGCGAACGUUAAGAAUCAAGGCAACGUUUCUCCUCAAUGCUCUUAAGUAACUACUUAGCUAGUUCUAUACUAAUAUACAUAUAUAUAUAUAUACAUGUAUAUUGUACUCUACAUAUUGAUUCUUGCUAUGUGUAGAUAGUAAAGAUAUGGGGAAUAAACAUACAACAGU